CUGUCCUUAAACCUAAUGUUUCUCGCCAAAAGCCGAUAAUCACGGCCCCCAAAACAAAUUUUACAAACAAAAAAAAAGCUCUUCCUUUUGUUUCUUUAGCUUUUGUUUGAAACCCAUUGACCAUCAGUCAUAGCUUCAGACUGAGGAAAGUCCAGGAUGGGAAACGCCUUGAGGUUCCUAUGUUGCAAGCCCACCGCAGCUGGGGACUCCGAAUCACUCGGACAUCAUGGUGUAUCGGCAGCCACCGUCGGCGUAUCGGCUCUCGCCCAGGAUCUCUUCCACUUUGAGAUCAACUCCCAGGUCCCGGAAGGACUCAGCAAGCAUGUUGUCUCGUCCAAGAAUGCUCAAGCUAAUUGGUACAGAAAAUUAAUAGAGGCAUGGAGAGAAGCAAAACCCCCUCCAAAAACAGCUGAAGAAGCUGCUAGACUUAUCAUUGAGACUCUAAAGAGACACCAAAAAGCAGAUGUUGAGGGUUUAUUGACUUUCUACGGUCUCCCUCUUCCUCAUACCUUAGUCGAACUUACUGCUGAGGCCACAACAUCAUUGCCGGCAGGCGUAGAGUACGAAUUUGAGACGUUGCCAGUUGAUGCAAAAGCUGUAGCAGAUGGAGAUGGUAUGACAGUGUAUGUCAGUACGACAGACCCCCGAGAGUCGUCAUGCGUUCCUAGAGAUGUACAAAUGGCAGCCGUCCAAAGAUCACAAGCACGUGCUCAGAAGAAUUAUGCAAAGGCCGAUGAACUUCAUAAAAGAAUUAAGGAUUCGGGAUAUGGGGUACUAAAUUUUCAGAACAAUGAGGAGAUCCUUGCCCGUAAGUGUAGAAUUCGUCUAAGGGGAAUAGAUGCACCAGAGAAUUCAAUGCCAUAUGGAGAAGAAGCGAAGGAAGAGCUGACUAAGAUUGUUCAGGGAAAGUGUUUGAGAGUCCUUGUUUACGGGGAAGAUCGUUAUGGACGCUACGUAAGUGAUCUAUAUUGCGAUGGCAAAUUCGUUCAGGAAUUAAUGCUCAAGAAAGGGUUAGCAUGGCACUAUUCAACCUACGACCAACGCCCAGAACUCGCAAACUGGGAACAAGAGGCCCGAGCUAAUCGAGUUGGCCUGUGGGCUUCAUCGAAUCCUGAGAAGCCAUGGGAAUGGAGAAAGGACAGACGCGAAGGGAGAUAGAGUUGUCCUUUCGCCCUAUCUCUGUGGCUAACCAUUUGAUCCAAUCAAGUUAAAACUAGGGUCAUAAAAAUGGAAAAACGGAGAAAGAACUUGUAAAGAAGCUUCCGUCCCUUUUCUUUUUAAUGUACAAAUCUUAUUUAACACUAUGCGUUGGCUGUGGCAACAUAAUAUUUAAAGUCAAAACGGAAGUGAAAAUUGGCUUGGUUUGUUAAUGGGUAGAAGAUGCUAUUUUAAUGUGAUCUAAAUGUGAAAACAUGUGAGUAUUUUGUGUGUA